CAACAAUUCAACAUGCUUAAAUAUUUGUUAAUUAUUGGCCUAUGUCAAUGUUUUAUCAACCUAACGUUUGCGGAAGACUAUAUCGGCUGCUUCAAGAGUCCUCCGGAGUCAGAAGAACCUCUUCUGGUAAUAACAAAUCCACGAGCUCCAGUAUUUUGUAUGAAAGAAUGCCUCAGUCGUUAUUACAUGUAUGCCGGGUUAAUGAAAGGUCAACAAUGCUACUGUAUGAGUACUUACGGACGUAAUGGACCAUCAAAUGGCUGCACCACACGUUGCAUCGACGAUGAAAAAUCACUAUGCGGAUCACACGAUUCUAUAAGUGUUUACAGCACUGGGCAAAAAGUCUCAAGCCCACCACGAAGGCUCAGGGUGAUAAACAACAAGUCAGAGUCACUUAAUAUCACAUGGCAACCACCAGACAUCUCCAAUGGUAACAUAACAUCUUACAUUGUCCGUGCAGUGGCACUUGAAACUCAUGCAUUUUAUCCACUUCAGCCUGUGCAAUUACAAGUGCAAGGUGAAUCAUCUGACAGUACUCUCCUAACUAAUUUGCAGCCUGGUACCAAGUACAAUAUCUCUGUAACAGCUGUCAAUACUAACGGUGAGAGCCACCCAAGUUAUACUAUUGACUGGACAUUAAUUGGUCCACCAGAAAAACCGGACAAGCCGAAAAUAAUUGAACAAAGCAGUUCUACGGUCGUUGUUGAAUUGACUGAAGGUAAAAGUCAGAACGGGCCGUUAAGUUCCUAUCAAGUUAUUAUUAUUCAUCCUGGAACUAUCCCGCCGAAACAAUCAGACAUUACUUAUCCGGAUUAUCAUACAGCUAUCAAAAAUGACUUGCCGUUUUAUAUCACCGGUGAAUUUAAUGCCAACGAGUAUUAUAAGUAUAAGCGAUUUAUUAUCGGGGAUGGUCAGAAAAUAGGCGGUUAUUACAACGCGCCGCUGCAGGAACCUUUUAAUAGACCACAAGUUGGAUUGGUGUUGGUAUCUCGGAUAGGAAACGAAAUAAAAUACAGUCAUUCUGAUUUUGCAGAAUACAUUGAGCGUUGUCCCUGUCACUGUCAUCACAGAGCCUUACAUUCCAGAACUGGAAUUGAAUAACUAA